AUGGCCUUUCGUUUAUUUACGUCUUGUUGUCGAAAUGGAAACAGUUCCUUGUUUCUUUAUACCACAAAAUAUAUUUUUUCACCAUCUCCAUCGUCUCAUUUACUGGCAUUGAGAAAAUGUGUUUAUUCAUCGUUGAUUAAACCACAAAAAUCCGUACCAAAAAAUCUUCUUUCUUUAUUACGCAAAUUUUCAUUAUCACACAUCAAUAGACGUCGUCCAAAUUCAUUAUUAUUGAGUGAAAAAAAGAAACCAACUACAAAAGCAUCAUUUUCUGAUCUAAAACGUUUAUUACGUUUGGCUGUUAAUGAAAAAGGGCGUAUAUUAUUUGCUAUUGUUUUAUUAUGUAUUUCAAGUGGUGUGACAAUGUGUGUGCCAUAUUUUCUUGGUAAAAUUAUUGAUAUGUUACAAACAUAUAAAGGUUCUGAAUUGAAACGACGUUUAAAACAAAUUAGUUUUGCAUUGGUUUGUAUAUUUCUAAUUGGAGCAAUAUGUAACUACGGAAGAAUAUAUUUAAUAUUAUCAACAUCACAACGAAUUAUUAAACGUUUAAGAGAACAAUUGUUCGAAUCAAUACUCAGGAAAGAAAUGGCAUUUUUUGAUAAAAAUAAAACAGGAGAACUAGUCAAUAGACUAAGCUCAGAUACCGAAGUAAUGGCAAAUUCAAUCACACAAAAUAUUUCAGACGGCUUGAGAGCUACAACACAAGCAAUAGCAGGCGUUGGUCUUAUGUUUUAUAUAUCACCACAAUUAGCAUUUGUUGGCAUGUCUACCAUACCACCAGUGGCAUUAGGAGCGAUUAUGUUUGGAAGAUAUGUUAAACGCAUUUCAACAAAAGUUCAAACAGCUCUUGCGCAUGCCACUGAUGUCGCAGAAGAAAGAUUUGCAAACAUUAGAACAGUAAAGGCAUUUUCGCAAGAAAUGAAAGAAAUCCGUCUGUACAACAAAAAGAUUGGAGACGUCCUAGAAUUAAAGUUCAAAGAAAGUUUGGCAUAUGCUUUAUUUUACGGUAUGACUGGAUUAAGUGGAAAUUGUAUUGUGCUCACUGUUGGUGUGUCUAUAUCCGGAUUAUUUUCAUUCCAUUUGGAAUUAAUGCGCGGUAUCGGUGCAAGUCAAGCUGUAUGGGGUUUAUUGACGGAAGAAAAUAGCGAACUUAUUCAACCAAUUACAACGGCACCAACAUUUAUGCGUGAUUUAUUUCUCAAAGAUAUACUAUUUGAUAACAUCACUUUUGCAUAUCCAACACGACCAGAUGUAAAAGUAAUUGAAAAUUUAACUUUAAAAGUACCUGGUGGUAAAAUAUUAGCUAUCGUCGGUAGUUCAGGGUCCGGCAAGUCAACGUUAUCUCAGUUACUUCUUCGAUUUUAUAAGCCACAAGAAGGCAAUAUUUUUAUUGGUGAAACGAAUAUUCAAGAUAUUUCAUUAGAUUUUCUACGACAAAAUAUUGGAAGUGUACCACAAGAGCCUGUUCUCUUUUCAUCGUCAAUUAGAGAUAAUAUUGCCUAUGGCAUCGAACAAACGGAUUCUAUACCAAUAGAACAAAUAUAUAAUGCGGCUGAUCGUGCGAAUGCAUUUAGUUUUAUUGAAACAUUUCCAGACAAAUAUGAGACAAAAGUCGGUGAAAGAGGAACAAUGAUUUCUGGAGGACAAAAGCAGCGAAUAGCUUUAGCACGAGCUAUACUCAGGGAUCCAAAUGUAUUGUUACUUGACGAGGCAACUUCAGCACUAGAUGCUGCCUCUGAAUAUCUUGUUCAAGAAGCUUUAGAAACCAUAAUGGAAAAUCGUACUGUAAUAAUAAUUGCUCAUCGUUUGAGUACAAUUAAAAAUGCUGAUUAUAUCGCCGUAGUUGACAAAGGUAAAAUUGGUGAAUUAGGUUCAUAUAGUGAAUUAAUGAAUAUUGAAAAUGGUUUAUUCAAAAAAUUAGUUGAAACGCAAACAAUGGUUGACACUGAUUAUUCUGUUGAAGGAUAA